UAUUAGAAAUAGAGAUCGGCUAGGUCGAACUCAUCAAACUCAUCAUUUAAAGAUCGUAAAUUUUUUUGGUGUCAUGUAAUGUAUUUUGUGUUAUAUAGUAAGUCACUUAAUGACAAUAAGGUAUUUGCUGUUUACAACCAGUAUAUUUAGCUUAACUGUAAUAUACGGAAUUAAUAAAAAAUCUCGAAUGUUGUGAUUUAAUCAAAUGAAAUAAAUUUCGAAAUGUAAUUAUUCAAAGUUCUUGUUGUGUUCUUUUAAUUUCAUGUCUCUUACUCAGUUGCAAUCCCUCUCAUGUCGAUCACUGGUUUCAAUGUCAUCUAUGAGCGCAUGAAAAAUGAUAGCAAGCUCUUUCCCAGCCAGCUAGUUAAGUGUUUGCUUUCUAAUAAUAUUUCGAAACCAUAAUGCCAAAGUAGAUGUCCUUGCUGGCCAGCACUUUGCGGUUACACUGCUAAUACUGUUACUAUCGAAAAUCACUUUAAGUGCAGCUUUUGGCAAACAUCGAAAAGUGACUGGACUAUAAAUACCAAGCAUACAACGACCACACUGGUUACAAACUUUUGGCGUUGCAUAUAGUGAAUGACAAAAUGACAACGCCCACACAUAAUGAGUACACAGACAUUGAACUGUCCACGCUGGAGAUUGGCGGCAGCAGCAAUAAAACAGAUCCCAUUUACUCCAUCAAGCCGGAUUUCAUAACGCAAUGGCGACAGAAAAAGGAGCGUGAAAAUAUUUGCAAAUCCAUUUUCAAUCGCUUCGUCGAGCAUACGGAAUGUAAGCGUCUGCUGGAGGCCGCGCAAUUGUAUCAUCCUUUCAUCGGCGAGAAUGGUGAACUGAACAUUUGGAAUGCCAAUAUCGAUAUGGAUAUGUUGGCAACCUAUACCAACCGUAGUCUGAACUAUAGCCUCUUGGAAGAUUUUACGAAUGUAACGACACGCGGUCCCACGCCCUCGCAAGUAUUGCCACCUUUUGCGCUCUGGCAGAGCAUACUGAUAGCGCUGUGUCUAUCGAUCUGCAUCAUCUUGACGGUGGGCGGCAAUGUGCUUGUACUGCUUGCCUUCAUCGUGGAUCGGAAUAUACGACAACCGAGCAAUUAUUUCAUUGCAUCUUUGGCCGCCACGGAUGUGCUGAUUGGCUCCAUUUCAAUGCCUUUCUACACGAUAUAUGUGUUGAUGGGCUACUGGGAUUUGGGGCCAUUGCUUUGUGAUCUUUGGCUCUCUGUGGACUACACGGUCUGUUUGGCGUCACAGUAUACAGUGCUGCUUAUAACCAUCGAUCGUUAUUGUUCGGUGAAGAUCGCAGCAAAAUAUCGUAGUUGGCGUACCAGAAAACGUGUGAUUUAUAUGGUCACUAUUACAUGGAUUGUGCCGGCGUUGCUCUUUUUCAUUUCCAUUUUCGGUUGGGAACACUUUACGGGCAAGCGUGACCUCCUGCCUGGGCAGUGUGCUGUACAGUUUCUUAAGGAUCCGGUUUUCAAUACAGCGCUCAUUAUCGGCUACUAUUGGACGACGCUCAUAGUUCUAUUUAUCUUGUACGGUGGUAUUUAUCGUACCGCCUACGAAAUGCAGAAACGUAGUGAAGCCAAACAGCGGAAAAUGCAAUCGAUGGUGGCGCUAAGUGCAGGCGCAAUGUCUGGUAUGGCCGGACAUGCAGCCGGUAUAGGUGUUAUAGAAGAAAAAAUACUGAAAACCCAAGUAGAGAUCGGUGGCAACACGACGAAGGAUGGUAACAACUGCAGCGGUGCGACAAAACGUGGCUCGGGUCAGAUGAACCCACUUACACAAGCCGAAGCUAUAAAUGGCACUGCUGGCGAUGGCGUUAACGAGCAGCGUCGCAUUUCAGAAGGUAAAAUGGAAAAUGGCAAACGCGAUGGUGGAUCUGGUGAAACAGAGAAAAGUGAACGCUCCAGCAGUCCGGCAUUCGAUUCGGACGAGGAGAGUUCAGUCAAUCAGGCACAGCAAAUGGCAAAUCAGCAAAAACUAGCCAAUCUCCGCAAGCGUUCAUCAAUCGGCCUGGUUUUCGGCGCACAGGCCGCACUCAUUGCUACCCGUAGUAAAGGUAAUUUAACCCAAUGCUCCAUAAAUUCCAAGUCCAAUGAAGCCAUGGCCACAGUGGCUACCGCCACAUCCCCCAAUCCAACACGCAGCGGUGUACUUAUACGCACUCAAAGCAAAGAAGAGGUGAGUGUACAUACAAGCGCGAGCAGCGAACGACCUAAACGUACAUCCUGCACGACACUGUCACAAAUUGUCGAAACAGAGCGGCAGCUGGAUGAGCAACUCAGAGCGGAGCCUACGCCACCACGUUCACGAUCAAGUACCGCUACAAAAUUACUUGCUGAAUCACCGCUUUCACCGGUCGACAUUGCGCCUAUCGAAGUGCCACGUGACCAGGUACAACCGUGCUUGGUACAAGCCAUACUACCACCACCCGAGCAAUUCCAAUGUCCCACACCUCUCUCCGACUAUUCGGACCGACCUUUGGGCGGCAACAGCAGUAACAGUGAACUAAAUAUGACCUACAACCUACUCACCAAUCAUUCCGAUUUGCGUUUUAUGGACGAAAGCUCCGUAAUGCUGGCAUCACCUACCACUAAUGGCAGCGUCACCAGCUCAUUGCGGCAAGCAAUACCACAAGCCGCUGCUGUGAUGCGUGCGGAAGUGCCGACCAAUCAGGAACGUGCCAACCAAGUCGUCACUAACCCCAAACUGUUGCAACAGGCGCUGCAAAAAGCUGUAGCUGCGCAGCAACAACAGCAACAACCUAAACCCAAAAUUACAAGACGUGCUUCCCCACCUGAAACUGGUAAUCCACCCGCUCCACCCAAUGGUAACACAAAUUUCACACCACCAAAUGAGCUUGAUAAUGUCGAAAUUGAACGACACCUUCUUGUUUCCUACACAGGCAUGGAAGAUUUCGUCAAAGUGCGUCGCGAAAGCUGCAUAGAGGCUAUUAGUUUGCUAAGCGUCAAUGAGCAUGCCAAGUUAAUAGAGGACAAAGUGAUCUCAACGGAAAUACGACGCAGCUCCAGUCCGCUAGAGACGAAUACGAAAAGUAAAGGAAACGCAACCACCGCCGCCACUACAGUGACGCUCACCAUGCAAAAUCAAUUAACAACAACCAUAACCACAACGGUGCCACCAGCGCAACUUGAGAAAAUCGAUGAACGCGAAACAUUCGUGGCCACCACAACCACCAGCAAUAAGUUGGUCAACACAAGGCAGACCACAACAAGCAGCACCGAUUCGAUGGCGCCGCCAGCAACAAGCACUGCACAAAUUGACAACACAACCUGCACGGGCUACGUUUCGGGCGCUGGCAUCAGCACCACCGGCGGCAGCAGUAGCAGCACCUCGAAUACCAACAACAAGCCGUCGAGCAUAAAGUCACAGCGCGAAGCGAGCGGUGAAGCGGCCAGCCGGAAUUCGAGUAAACGCGCCUUUAUGCAAUCGAUUGGCAAGCACUUCAAGAGCAAAAAGAAAAUACCACUGCUGGUUGGUGGUGGGCGACAAAAAUCAAAGUCGGAGAAUCGUGCACGCAAAGCGUUUCGUACGAUCUCCUUCAUACUUGGCUGUUUUGUGGCGUGUUGGACGCCAUAUCAUGUGCUCGCACUGGUGGAGGGCUUCUGUCGCAAUCCACCCUGCACCAACGAGCAUCUCUAUAUGUUUUCAUACUUUCUUUGCUAUGCGAAUAGUCCGAUGAAUCCCUUUUGCUACGCGCUCGCGAAUCAACAGUUCAAGAAGACGUUUACGCGCAUACUCAAAGGUGAUUUUCAUAUGACUUAAAUCUUAAAGCUUGAUCUGUACGGUAGUGAGGAGCGUAUGUGUUCCAGCGUAUGAGUGUGCCAGAGUGUUAGGGCGGAGAGUGUCAAGGUGAGAGAAGUAGGCAGCUUACAGAGUACAGCAAAGCUUUAAACGCUUUAUAAAGCUUUCAAAACAGCAGGCAGCUUACAGAGUACAGCAAAGUUUUAAGCGCUUUAGAAAGCUUUCAAAACAUAUCAAAAACUUGCGUAGGUGUCCAAAACGUACAUACCUCUUGAAAGCUUUUAGAGCGUAAUAAGACUUUGUAAAAUACAAGUUUACAAGCUUUAAGCACGUGAAAGCUUUCAGUCUCUUAUAGUGUUUUCAGAGCAUUAUAAAGUUCAGUUUAAAGCUACCAGAGCAUUGAAAAAUUUGCGAAGCCCAUUACGGCUUUCAAAGCGUCACAAAGCUUAAAAGCUCUGAGUUGAUAAUUUUAGAAACUGUUUUCGAAUAAACACAGUAAAGUUGUUGUUUUAAAAUUUUCUACUAAUUUGUAGCGUAAUGUUAGUCUAAAAUUCAAAAAAUCAAAAUAUAUUUGGUGACGCUGCUUUGGUGUGAACCCUAAUGAGCCCUAGGCACUACCAGUAGAUAGCGUUGCCAAAUAUAUGCAAAUAUUUAAAUUUAUAUUAUUUACAAAGAAAGCGUUUCCAAAACAAAUCAACUCUAAAAUAUUAUCUGUUCGCUGCCAGGGGCGCAUGAGAAGAAUGUGAGGUUAAGUAGAAUGCAAAAAAAGGUUAAAUUAUUUGCAAAAACUAAGUAGUAUUAGUAUGUGUGAGAGUGCGUGUGCUUAUUUGUGUAUUUAACGGUUCCCUUAGUGCAUUAUAGUCGGCCACAACAAGCGUGCGUCAAGCCAGCAGCUUGAGGUCUUCUAUUGGCAAGCCGACGGCGUGGCGUACGCGGGCCUUAAAAUCACGCUGAUUUUGAAUUAUUUGUUUAAAAAUAAAGUAAAAUAUUAACUUAAGCUAAAAAUAUAUUUUUUAAAAUAUUUAAUAAGUAUUUGAACUGUUAGGAACAAUACAAAAUUCUUUGAAAAUAAAUAGAAAUUAUGCAUAUUGUAAGAAAAUAUAAUUAAACUUAUUUAAAUAGUGGCUAGCGAACACAAUAACUUAAUUAUUAGUGUGUAGGGGAAUAUGCAGCGUUAAGAAAUAUGUUAAUUAAAUAUGUUUAACAAAUUUUAGACAAUAAUUACUGAAGUAAAAGAGCUGCAUAUUUUACGUUAAUUACUGCUUAAGAAAAUCUCAAAUAAUUAUUUAAUAAGUAAUUGUAAUUACUUACGUCAAAGUAAUAAUUAGUUAAUUAUUAAAUAAGUAAUUAAGUAAAAAUUAGUAAAAAAGUUGUUAAACACAGUCAAACAGUGCGACUUAAUGCAAUUACAUAAGUGUAUUUAUUGUUAACACAUACAUACAUAUACAUAUAUGUAUACAUAUACAUAAACAUAUAUGAAUAAUAAUAAUAAAUUAACUGUUAUUUGUAAUUAUCGAUAUGAGUACAUAAAUAUGCAACAAAAUUUAGUUUAGCAAUAUAGAAACUAAACGCAUGCCAAUCACACACACAUACACACACCUCUAUUGGUAGCUAUAUACAUACAUAUGUACAUACGCAGACAUACAUAAGUAGCCCUCAACAUGUGCGUGUGUGUGCGCAUGCAUGUCAAUGACAAAUAAUAUGUGCAUAAUAAAGCACAUACCAAUAAUCUUACUAACUUACACUUGCCUAUGUGGAACAAUAAAUAAUAUUAAUUGUAAACACAUACAAAUACAUAUAUAUAUAUAUAUAUAUAUAAAUAUAAAUAUAUAUAUUAAUAAAUAUUAGUUAUAUGUAUAUAGUUAUAGCUUAAGCUGCAGUAAUAAUUAGUUUAAAGCAUUGCUGUACAUACCCACACACUGACAUCUGUGUAAAUGACAAAUAAUAAAAUACAUGAAACUAGCAAUUAAAUAUUGAAUAGCUGAAUUAAUGCAACAUAUAACAAAAACAAAUAUUAUAGAACAACAAUAAUUACAUUAAUUACAGCUCGCCGAAUAAUUAGUUCAAAGGCAGUUGACUUAUGUUUUCACACGAAAAAUAUUUAUUUAUGCAGCAACGUCUACAAGAUUGCCUCAAAAUAAAUUCUUACAUGGUUUAGGGUAUCUACGAGGUAUGACAAUUAAGUAAUGAGACUGAUUCCAUAAAAACCGUAUAUUUGAAAAUAUAUAUUUGAAAAAAGUAGUUCCCUUGGGCCGCUAUACGAGUACAGCGAUUCCAGCGCGUUUUCCAUGCUUCGUAACAUUUCUGGAACGCUUCGGCUGGGAUGUCCGCGAGUACCCUCGACACAGCCGCCUGGAUGUCCGUAAUCGACUCAAAAUGGGUUCCUUUGACCACCAAUUUUGUUUUAGGAAAUA